AUGGUGAUUAGCAUGCUUCUUCCGAUGUAUCUUCCUGCAAUCGACAUCGGAAACUUCGAGCUCAUACCUGGCUUAUUUUCUGGUGAAAUCAUCUGCUUGCUUCUUACCAUUCCUGUUCAAUUUGGUGUCGGGAAGCGGUUUUAUAUCGCGUCAUUCAAAUCCCUCAAACACGGCUCCCCGACAAUGGAUGUUUUGGUCAUGCUUGGUACCUCCGCUGCAUUCUUUUUCAGUAUUCUCGCAAUGUUAGUCUCGAUAUUCUUCAAGCCCCAUUCUCGGCCAAUGACCGUGUUUGAGACCAGCACUAUGCUUAUCACAUUUAUUUCCCUCGGUCGGUGGCUGGAAAAUCGAGCUAAGGGCCAAACAUCCCGAGCACUAUCUCGUUUGAUGUCCCUUGCUCCUUCUAUGGCAACUAUAUACGAUGACCCCAUAGCCGUCGAAAUGUUAGCUGAAAGCUGGGGUUCUGUACCGCUUUCGGCUGAGAAGGAUAAGACUAUUGCUGCAGUUUCGACUGUUCAGAAGACGAUCCCUACGGAAUUAAUCCAGGUUGGCGAUAUCGUCUGCCUCCGGCCAGGAGAUAAAGUUCCAGCAGAUGGUGUCGUCAUUAGAGGUGAGAGCUAUAUAGACGAGGGUAUGAUUACCGGUGAGGCUAUUCCCAUCCGUAAAAUAAAGACUUCAAAGGUCAUGGCUGGCACUGUGAAUGGCGCUGGCUGGGUUGAUUUCCGGGUCACGAGAGCCGGUCGAGACACACAGCUGAGCCAAAUAGUCAAAUUGGUCCAAGAUGCACAAACCAGUCGUGCUCCUAUCCAAAGAAUGGCUGACAUAGUGGCUGGUUAUUUUGUUCCAGCCAUUAUCACCCUUGGGCUCAUCACUUUUUUUGGAUGGAUGAUUCUUAGUCAUAUUCUUCCAAAUCCACCUAAAAUCUUCGUUACUGAAAAUCCCGGCGGGACAUUCAUGGUCUGUUUGAAACUUUGCAUAUCGGUUAUUGUUUUUGCUUGUCCCUGUGCCCUUGGUCUUAGUACACCCACAGCGGUUAUGGUAGGCACAGGCGUUGGUGCUGAACAUGGCAUCCUGGUCAAAGGGGGAGCAGCCCUGGAAGCAGCAACCAAGAUAACGCAUGUUGUAUUCGACAAAACGGGCACCUUAACGAUGGGCAAAAUGAGCGUAUCGGGGACUAGAAUGGACUCUACAUGGACCUCCAAUGAUUGGCGGCGUCGCCAGUGGUGGUUGAUCGUUGGGCUUGCUGAACUGACCAGUGAACACCCUAUUGGCAAAGCCAUUCUUGCAAAGGCCAGGUCAGAAGUCGGGGCAUCAGAUGAAAACCCUCUCGAUGGCAGUGUAGCCGAUUUCGAAGCGUUAGUCGGAAAGGGGAUUUCGGCGAUUGUUGAGCCCACUUCAAAUGUCAACAACGUUCGUCAUCAUGUUCUUGUGGGCAGCGCACGCUUCCUUCGUUCCAGGGACAUAAAUGUACCUCAAUCAGCUGAACCAGAGCCCGGUUCCUCUGAAUUCGCGACCUCAAUAGCUGUUCGGCCAAGAAAAGAUAGCGAACAUGUUGCCGGGUCCACUCUAAUUCACGUUGCUAUCGACGGCAAAUAUGCUGGUACUAUCACUCUUCAAGAUACGCUAAAACCAACGGCGGCAGCCGCCGUUGCUGCUCUCCACCGAAUGGGUCUCACCACGUCCCUCAUAACGGGCGAUUCCCUUUCCACCGCCCUCGCCGUUGCAUCUUCUGUAGGAAUCCCGGCCUCGUCAGUCCAUGCAUCUGUCAGCCCUUCCGAAAAACAAUCCGUCAUCGCGUCCCUUCAAAAAACUCCCUCAUCUAUAGUUGCCAUGGUGGGAGAUGGCAUCAACGACUCUCCCGCCUUGGCCACUGCAUCUGUCGGCAUCGCCCUCGCAUCUGGCACAGACGUUGCCAUCGAGGCAGCAGACAUCGUCCUCAUGCGGCCCGAUGAUCUCCUGUCCGUCCCCGCAAGCCUUUGUCUCUCCCGCUCGAUCUUCCGCCGCAUCAAACUAAAUCUCCUCUGGGCCUGUAUGUAUAACGCCAUUGGCAUCCCUUUCGCCAUGGGCCUCUUCCUCCCCUUUGGCGGAAUUUCGUUACACCCAAUGGCUGCAGGAGCCGCCAUGGCUGCGUCAAGCGUCAGUGUCGUUGUCAGCAGUUUGCUCUUGAAAUUUUGGAAGCGGCCUAGUUGGUUAGACUCCCAGAAGUUGGAACGUGAAGCUGAGCUGGGUCUAAUUGGUACUAGCGGCCUGAGUCGUGUGUGUUUCUUUUCUUUUGUUGGGUUCUAUUCUCGUUCGCGAAACGUUUCGUUAUUUCUCCUUGCUUUUGUUCAUAAUGUAAGAGUAAUGCAAUUUUACAUCUACGCGAGAAUUUUCGGUUUCAAUCUUGAUAUUGUCUGA